AUGUUUUUUUAUAAAUUAUUUCAUAAUGAUAAUUCAUAUAGUUCAAGUACAUUCAAAUUUACAAUUUUUGAAUCAUUUUAUUUCCCAGUAUUAGAAGAAAUCAUAUUAAUUACAAUAUUAUUAAUUAGAAUUAAAAAGGAAUCAAAUUAUCAAUUAAAUUCUCAAUUUGAUUUAUGUAUUAUUACAUUCACUUAUAUCACACUCAGCUUAAAAAUUUAUCAAUAUAAUAUUUCAAAUUAUAAUGACAAGUACAAAAUAUUUCUAAAGUACUAUAAUUUAUGGGAAAAUCAAACUACAAUUCAAAAUCAAUUUGAUUAUGAUGAAGAAAUAAAUGCAAAUUAUAUAUGGAAUGAAAUAUCAACUUAUCAACCCAUCGAUAACGAAGAAACUACUGAAAACAAUAAAUCUAUAUUGUCAUCAUCCAAUAAUAAACCCAAUACAAUAGAAAAAAGCAGAAGUAUAAAUUGUAUACUACCUACUGAAUUUAGCAUCACCAAAUCAGAAAGAAAACUAGAACUCAAAUUAUCAUCACAUUCCCUCAAACAUUCAAGUUCUAGAUAUCUACAAAGCAAAACCUCAAAAUCAAGUAUUUUAGACAAGUUAUACUCCGUAUCUCCAGGAAACACUUAUCAUUUAGAUACGGCGGUCGCUAUGGCCAUUAACGCAAUUGAAGAGGAAGAAGAAGAACAAAGACAACAAUUUGAUCAUGAACACUCAUUUCUUAAUAAUGAUGAUGAAUUUUUGCCAGAUUCAGUAAAAGUUUAUGAAAAUAUAGAUGAAGAAAUGGAAGUUUCAAAUAAAAUAGAUUAUGUUGCUGGUCAAUUAAAUCAUAACACACAAUAUAAAUAUUUAGCUACUGAUAAUCAUUUCACGAAUAAUGAUUUCACAAAGACGAGCAAAAAGUCAUAUGAAUAUAAAGUAUUAAGUUUCAUUAAUUGGUGGGCAUGGCUAAUACCUCCACUUUUGCCAAUUGAAGUUCAUAAUAAUGAGAAUUUGAUUUCUAACAAUUUCUCAACCGCUAACGAAAGAUACCCACUACUCAAAACAAAACUAUCAAACUACAAUUUAAACGAACCAGUCACACAAUCAUAUACCACAACAACUACUCACAGAUACAUUGGUAAAUCACUUGAUUUUCAAAUAUAUGUUUCUUAUUAUUAUGAUAUUAGAUUUGAUUCAAUUACCAAUUAUAUAAAUAUUGAUCAAUGGUUUUUAAAAUAUGGACAAUUACUUACAAAAACAAAUUGGGUUUGGAUAUUAAUUGAUGAAUUGAAUUUUAUAGUUUGGCAAUUUUGUAAAAUUGAAAUAUUAGGAUUAAUACUUUUAAGUCAAAAUUAUAAGUUAUUAAUUUUCAGUCUUGUUUUGGUACUAAUUUUGAAAUUGUUUAAAUUGAAUUAUUUACAUGAUUUCACCAAUGAUUUUAAUUUUAAAUUAAUUAUUACAAGUGAAAUUUGUAAUUCUACUAAAUAUAUAUUUGAAUAA